CACACCAUGGAUCCUCCCACCGCCAACGCCCCCAUUCCCCCCUGCGUCCUCCUCCUCAACGCCUUCCCCGGCACCGGCAAACUCACCAUCGCCCGCGCCCGCGCCCGCGCCCUCUCCACCCUCCUCCACAACCACCUCCUCAUCGACCCGGUCUCAGCCAUCCACCCCCGACGAGAUAAAGCCCACUACGUCCUCCGCCGCGCCUUCCGAAAGGCCGCCUUCGACGCGUCGAAAAGCGGACCAGAGGGGGGGGACUUGAUUGUGUGGGGUUAUGACCCGUCGGGCUGCCUCGGCGCGAGCGACGCUGACGUCGCCGUCCUCGCUGAACACGUCGACGUCGCGCGCGCGCGCGCGCGGAAGGUCCCGUUUAUCCUCGUCAACUUGGUCUGCGAGAUUGGAGGAGCAUGUGGGGAGGUUGCAGAGUGCGGAGAGGAGGGGGAGGAGGGGGGGUCCAGCGGGGAAGGUUACCCGAUGUGGGGGUGGUGAGGG